GAAGUGAAAAAAGGAAAUUAAUAUUCUGAAAACUUUGUCUUCUUCAAUGGGGAGAGAAAAUGAGAAAGAAAUGGAUACUGAUCUAUCAUUGAAAUUCGAUUCCAAAGAAGAUCAAGAAGAAAAAGAAGGUAAAGAUAAGCUUGAAGUUGAAGAAGAUCAUGAAAAAGAAGAAGAAAAACAAAAAGUCGAACCAUCAGAAGGAAAUGAUGAAGAACAAGGAGCAGAAGAAGAAGCCACAGCAGGUGAAGUAGUGGAGGAUGAGACCUCAAUAGUGGAAGUAUCAUUUACAGAAACUACGAAGACUGAGGAGUUAUAUUUGUUGCAAACGGAGAUGAAUCGCAUGAAAGAAGAAAAUAAAGUUUUAAGAAAGGUGGUGGAGCAAACAAUGAAAGAUUACAAUGAUCUUCAAAUGAAGUUUUAUUCUAUCCAGCAAAAUAAUAAAAAAAAGGCUCCUCUACUUUUUCUUUCGCUCCAUGGUAACAACAAUGCUAUGGAAGAACCGAAGACGACGACCAUUUCCAAUGUCGUAGAAGUCAAUAAUCAUAGAUCUCCAUCGCCACCAAAUCAGGAAUUAGGUUUGUCUUUAAGGCUGCAAACAAGCACUAAAAAACAUGAAGGAAAAGAAGAUCACAAAGAGAAUUCGGACGAAUUGCCGGGCUACACAGCAGUGCAAAACAAGGCAAACCGAACAGAAAUAGAAGGAAUUAGAAGCCAGGUUGCCACACCACCUAAUAGAAAGGCUAGGGUUUCGGUAAGAGCAAGAUGCGAAACAGCAACGAUGAAUGAUGGAUGCCAAUGGAGAAAAUAUGGCCAGAAAAUCGCCAAAGGAAACCCUUGUCCUCGAGCCUACUAUCGAUGCACAGUAGCUCCAGGAUGCCCAGUUAGAAAACAGGUUCAAAGGUGUUUGGAGGACAUGUCCAUACUAAUAACAACAUAUGAAGGAACACACAACCAUCCACUCCCUGUGGGGGCAACAGCAAUGGCUUCAACAGCAUCUGCAGCAGCUUCCUUCAUGUUAUUAGAUUCAAGUAUUAAUCCACAUUCUGAACAUGAACCCUCUAAUUUCACUCAAUCAUCUCUCUCUUACCAUACACACCAUAUGAUGAUGACAAACCCCAUUUUGUCUCAUUCACCAACCUUUAGAAGCAUUAUUAACCCUAGUAAUGACCCUUCCAAAGGAAUUGUUCUUGAUCUCACAAAUAAUCACUUGUAUGAUCCGCCACAUAUUCCAUUGGCUAGUUCCUCGGCCCAACCAGCGGGUUUUUGGAUGCCUCCUGGCAAAACAAAUUUCCAUUGUGGGAAUAACAUCAUCAACCAUGUCUUAGAUAGCAGUACCAGAGGAUUAAUGGAUGACAAGGGUUGGAGAUCAGGUGAAGAAAAGGAUUCAUCAAUGGUGGAAAACGUGACGGCUAUCGCCGCCGAUCCUAAGUUUAAAGUAGCUGUUGCCGCUGCUAUCACAUCUCUCAUUACUAAAGAGAACCACACAAGUAGUCAUCCAGUCGGAUCAGCAUUUAGUCAAAGACAUGGAGAAGGAGGUAGCUCUAGCAACAACAAUUAGGUCCUUGAUUCUCUCUCAUCAAAUGGUAAGCCCGUUCACCCAAUACCUUGAAAGAAUCUAAAGACCGAAAUUGGUUUCUUUGAGAGGGAAAAGGCUAUACAAAGGUUACAUUUACGUAGAAUUAAAUCAAUUAAUCAUGUACUCCAAAAAAUUUUCAUAUAUAUGCUUAAUAAAACUCGAUGCUUUGGACUGAAUUUUUUUUUUCCUUUUUUUUUUUUUCCUUUCUUAAAAAUAUGUAUAACCUCUUAUUAUUAUACCAAGAUGUCUAUUAA